UCUCGUAUGAAACGACAUGUCGUUCGACGACGGAGUGGGGAGCUCGAAGCCUCCGAAGUGGCAAAAGUCGAGCGAAUCCUCAAUGUUUCCAACAAUAGAGUCGUCAUCUUCUUCUUCUUCUUCUUUACGAUCUCUAAACUCAAUCGGCUUCUUUCUUCAUCAUCGCACUGUUGAAAAUCGUCCAACAUUUCUCAGUUUCUCUCUGUCAAUGUCUAGUUGGUCUUGCAAAAAAUGCACCUUCCUAAACCCAUCCUCUCAAAAGGCAGCCUGCAAAAUCUGUCUAUCGCCUUCUUCUCCACCCCCAUCUUCCUCUUCUUCUUCUUCCACAACCCCUAAAUGGUCCUGCAAGGCCUGCACUUUUCUCAACUCGUUUACGAACUCCGAGUGCGAACUCUGUGGCACUAGGGCUCCGGCCCUGUCGCUUUCGAGUUUCAAGGAUUUGAUUGAUGUCAGUGAAGAUGCGAAUGCCGAUUCUUCCGUCGGGUCUGUGUUCUUUCCCUUGCAGCCCUGCAAGAAAAGAAAAAUGGACGAUCCUGUUCCUUUGGAGAGUCAUGGCGAUUUCGCAGAAUUGAGCGCAUUUCAAGGCACUAAGGCAUCGAUGAACGCUGUUGCGGAAAUGGGGGGUUCUAGUUCUAGGGCAAACCUGAAACCGGUUAAGAUUAUGACUUACAAUGUCUGGUUUCGAGAAGAUUUGGAGUUGCGUAAUAGAAUGAGAGCUCUUGGACAACUUAUCCAACGGCAUUCACCAGAUGUUAUUUGUUUUCAGGAAGUUACCCCAGCUAUAUAUGACAUCUUCCAAAUUACUAACUGGUGGAAAGUUUAUCGUUGUUCGGUCAUUAAGGAUUCUCAUUCGAGGGGAUACUUUUGUAUGCUGUUGAGCAAACUGCCUGUGAAAUCCUUCAGUUGUCAACCAUUUCCCAAUUCUAUAAUGGGGAGAGAACUCUGUAUUGGUAAUCUUGAAGUUCAAAAUGGCAUUUCACUUACAGUUGCUACAAGCCAUCUGGAGAGUCCUUGCCCUGCACCUCCAAAGUGGAAUCAAAUGUACAGCAAAGAGCGUGUCGUUCAAGCCAAACAAGCCGUAGACUUUCUCAAGGAAACUCCUAAUGUCAUUUUCGGUGGUGACAUGAACUGGGAUGAUAAGUUAGAUGGUCAGUUUCCUUUUCCUGAUGGCUGGAUUGAUGCUUGGGAAGAAUUAAGGCCAGGCGAAAAUGGUUGGACAUAUGAUACCAAAUCGAACAAGAUGUUAUCUGGGAACCGUACAUUGCAAAAGCGUUUGGAUCGAUUUAUUUGUAAAUUACAAGAUUUCAAGGUGAAUUCCAUUGAAAUGAUUGGAACUGAUUCAAUACCUGGUUUAACAUACACCAAGGAGAAGAAAGUGGGAAAAGAAAUGAAGACACUUGAGCUCCCUGUUUUGCCCAGUGAUCAUUAUGGCCUGUUAUUGACAAUUAGCAGCCUGUGAUGUGAGGAUUUUGUUCUUAGUUUUGUAUGGUUGAAGUGAAGCCUGCUUUAAUCGUUUUUUUUAAGUUCGUUUACAGUGCUUCAAAAUGCAUGCUUUGGCUUGCGAUUUUGUAUCUAGCUUAAAUCCGAUUCCAAACAAUGGGUUGGUUUAAGAUUUUGUAAUGGUACAGCAUCAGGAUAUCUAAAAUGACAUUCUAGAUCUUGAUCUGGUUUUUCCAUGUUCCA